AUGUCUGAAUCUCCUUCGCCUCCUCCUUGGAGUAUCGGCAACAUGGCCAACAGUGCUGCCCAAUUCAUGCGGCUUCCGGUCCUCGCUUCCUCUGGUCUGGCUGUGGUUGCAAGUGGGCUCCUAUACUUCAAGCAAAAUGAACUAAUCUACCCCCGCAAUGUUCCUGUGGAUGCACGCACGAAUGUCCCCAGCCCUCGCCAAUUUGGUAUUACCAACUUUGAAGACCUUCAGAUCCCCACCCCCGACGGAGAGUCUUUACACGCCUUGUUCCUACGCCAACGACCAAGCCGCUCCGCUCGCAAUGUAACGAUUCUGAUGUUCCAUGGAAACGCAGGCAACAUCGGACAUCGCGUCCCCAUUGCCAAAGCUUUGCAGGAUACGCUUCAGUGCAAUGUGUUCAUGCUCGAAUACCGCGGCUACGGGAUGUCAACGGGUACACCAGACGAAGGCGGCAUUAAGAUAGAUGCUCAGACUGGUCUUGACUACCUGCGCCAGCGCCCAGAGACCAGGGAUACCCAUAUUGUUGUCUAUGGACAAAGUCUCGGUGGUGCUGUGGCCAUCAAUCUGGUUGCUACCAAUGAGGAUCAAGGUGAUAUUGCAGGACUGAUCUUAGAGAACACUUUCCUAAGUAUUCGCAAGUUGAUUCCGAACGUCUUUCCCCCCGCACGGUAUCUUGCACGGUUCUGUCACCAAUAUUGGAACAGUGAAGAUGUGCUACCAAAGAUCACCAAGACUCCAGUGCUUUUCAUGAGUGGACUUAAGGACGAGCUUGUUCCCCCGUCAAAUAUGACCCAGUUGUAUGCGGUUUGCAAUGCCGAAACUAAGGUCUGGCGCACACUCCCGAACGGCGGCCACAACGACUCCGUUGCUGAGCCAGGCUAUUUUGAGCACAUCCAUUCUUUUAUUACGGAAGAAGUGCUAUCUGGUAAACAGUGA